AUGAAGGAGAGCCAGGCCGAGGUGAAGACGGGAGGCUCCCGGUCUCCCAAAGGCACCCACGCAGCUUGUCUAACCUUUUUGCAGGCUGCGGAUACAUUGGCUGUGCGACAGAAGCGACGGAUCUAUGAUAUCACGAAUGUCCUGGAAGGCAUCGGGUUGAUUGAGAAGAAAUCCAAGAACAGUAUCCAGUGGAAAGGGGUGGGUCCGGGCUGCAACACACGUGAAAUAGCUCACAAACUUAUCGAGCUGAAGGCAGACAUAGAGGACCUGGAGCAGCGGGAACAGGAGCUGGAGCAGCAGAAGAUGUGGGUUCAGCAGAGCAUCAAAAACGUUACAGAAGACGUGCAGAACAGUCGAUUAGCGUAUGUGACACAUGAAGACAUCUGCAAGUGCUUCACAGGAGACACCCUCCUGGCAAUUCGAGCCCCAUCAGGCACGCGUUUGGAGGUUCCCAUUCCCGAGGGCCUAAAUGGGCAGAAGAAAUAUCAGAUCCAUCUGAAGAGCACAAGUGGUCCCAUUGAUGUUCUCUUAGUAAACAAAGACGCUUGGAGCUCUCCUCCUGUCGUACUACCUGUCCCUCCCCCUGAAGACCUCAUUCAGUGCCAGGCAGUUGCACCCUCGAAACCACAGGUACCACCGCUCGCCCACUUCCAGGAGGCAUCCGUUCCCAGCAGCACCCAGCCCUCUACACCGACACCUACCAGCACUCAGGACCAUAGCCCUCCCGCGCAGAAAGCCGCAAGCACAGAAUCUGGUGUCUCAGCAGCAGAGUCCAAGAGCAGCAGCGACUUUGACCCCCUCAGCAACGCAUCCGCAUCGGCCGGCCAGCCGGCCGGGUUAGAUACCCAGCCGCUACAGUCCUCUGCCUCGCUGGACAGCAGCUCCGUCCUACCCAGCCCCUCUACCUCCUUCGAGCCGAUUAAGCCAGAUCCCACAGGAAUACUGGAACUUCCCAAAGAGCUGUCAGAGAUGUUUGAUCCAACGAGAGAAUGUAUGAACUCUGAGCUGCUGGAAGAGCUGAUGUCAUCUGAAGUGUUUGCUCCCUUGCUCCGCCUCUCCCCUCCGCCUGGAGAUCACGACUACAUCUAUAACCUGGACGAGAGCGAAGGCGUCUGUGACCUCUUUGAUGUGCCUGUUCUCAACCUCUGACUUCAGUGCGGCUGUGAGCCUCGCAAACACAGACCGUUUUGUAACUCUUUGGAAAGUGUCUAUUUUUGGAUUCCUUUUGUGCUAGAGCUUGAUGAGUGAGCGAUUCGGAGAUUCUCUCAUAUGGACUCAGAACCAAGAGAUGUGGACUUGCAGGCAGAGAGCCUCCCCGUAGCUUCUUCCUCUUCCUCUGUUGCACGUGCAACUCGCCCCGCCGCAUCUCUCUCUCCACUGGAUCCUGGGCCUCACUUCAAAGGGUCUGUGUUUUGAGUGUUCCCAGUUCACCCGUAGAGUUUGCCCACGUGCCUCUCUGAGCUUCCUCAAAUCUGCAUGCCUUGGUUUUUCCUGCACUCCUAGAGGCACUUUGCACCUCCUAGGUACCAGCUGCUACAAGGAGCCCUAAUAUCGUGGUCGGUUCGCAAGCCCGGAGGUAGUUAGCUGGAUUUUUCAAUGUGAGUGGUUCAGAUUGGGGCGGUUAUAUUUCUGAA